CUUUUCGUGACUUAUCCUCCUCCUCCAGCGCGUGCAGCGAUCAGAGCGAGCCGAGUGAGUGGAGGAGAGGAGCCCGAGACAGUUGGACACCAUGCAGACUGAUGGUCAGAGAGUGGAUGGUUUGCUGUCUGACUCCAGCAUGGCAGACAGCGCCCCCAACAGGACGCAGGAGGGGAAAUGGCAGAAACCGCGAUUCUCCCGCAAGAGCUUAAUGAAAUGCUGCCUGGUGAAGUGGAUCAUCAGCAAUACAGCACCACAGGGACCAGAUGACAGCAGUGAUAGUGAGCUGGAACUGGCCACAGUCAGACACCAGCCGGAAGGCCUGGAGGAGCUGCAGGCUCAGACCAAGUUCACUAGGAAGGAGCUCCAGUCGCUCUACAGGGGCUUCAAAAAUGAGUGUCCUAGUGGAUUAGUUGAUGAGGAAACCUUUAAGACAAUCUAUUCCCAGUUCUUCCCUCAAGGAGAUGCAACCACAUACGCACAUUUCCUCUUCAAUGCCUUUGAUAUGGAUCGGAACGGCUCCAUACGCUUUGAGGACUUUGUGAUUGGUUUGUCUGUGUUGCUGCGUGGUUCAGUAACAGAGAAGCUGCGCUGGGCCUUUAACCUGUAUGACAUCAAUAAGGACGGAUGCAUCACUAAAGAGGAAAUGUUAGCCAUCAUGAAGUCCAUCUAUGACAUGAUGGGCCGCUACACGUCCCCCAGCGUAAAAGAAGAUGCUCCGUUUGAACAUGUGGAGAAGUUUUUCCAGAAAAUGGACAGAAAUAGAGAUGGAGUGGUGACCAUUGAGGAGUUCAUUGAAACGUGUCAAAAGGAUGAGAAUAUAAUGAGCUCCAUGCAGCUGUUUGAAAAUGUUAUCUGACCACAGCAGAAGCAGCGCUGUUAGAGACCAAAACCCAGCAACCAACCCCCCUACCCUACCCCAGCAUGAGAAAGCAGAUGUAAAUAUUAAAGUGAUACUUCAGCCAGAAAUUAUAAUUUCCUCCCAAAUGAGCCAAGAUAUGUUUGAUUGGUGACAUUGGGUAAAUUAGACUUUCUGCCAAACUAUCACUUUAAUAUGGUAAAGAACUUUAAUUCCACAGACAUAUUGGCUGUUAUUAUUCUGUACCUUGCCAGAUGUUUGCUUGUAUAUAUGUAAAUACUGACUUGAACUGGACGUAUGAAAUAAACAAGCGUUUGCAUGCUUGACUCAAA